AUGAAGCAAAGGUACCAUUUCAAUGUUGCUAAUGAGCGACUAUCUCAACACAUUGAGAAGGGAUAUGAGGAUAGGUUAUUUAUCAACAAUGUAGCUUCUGGUUUCACGACACAAGUUCAUGAAAUCUCACCUAAGUUUCUUCAAAAGGAAUGAAUUAUGGAACAAAGACAAAAGAAUUAUUACAUUAGUGCCAUAGUAGGAUUUAAUAAUGAGAACUCAUUGGUUGUAAUGUCUAAAGGGACCCAAUACUUGCAGCAAUCCUAUAGAGUCGAUGUCAUUCCAUUCAAGUGGAUCGAUAAAAAAUGGAGAUAAGUCUUUUAUGUCAUUAUUAUGGCCACUAUUGGGAGUAGAUGGGAAAUUGUAAUGUCCCAUAGUGAUGGAUUUUUGGACCAGGUUAUGGAACUUGAUUUCUUGUGUCCUAGUGAAGGCACUCAUUAUAGGUGGGACAAUGGUUAUCACAUCACUUCAACUGCUGCUACAUGAGACCAAGCUACUUUUGUUCUGAGUUUUCUAAGAAGAAAACUAGCAGAUGAAACUCAAGAGACACUCUACACACCUUCUUUUCCUAGUACUCAUCAUGUCAAGGAAAAAUGGUCAAGAAAUUUAUAUAUUGCAUAUAUAUGCUAUGAGAGAAUAGUUUCAUGA